AUGGAUACCAGAAGUGUCAUCAAAGCAUCUGGCUUCCUUAUCCUGACAACCAUCAGCAUUCCUGCCAACCUGUUCGUCUGCUUUGCCUUCCUGCACAAUCGUUUUACUGAGGCCAAGCUCCUACCAGCUGACAUCAUUCUUUGCCACCUCGCCUUUGCCAACCUCAUGGUAUCAUUCACCCGCAGCAUCCCACAGAUAUUGUCUGCCCUGGGCUAUGUGAACCUCUUUGAUGACGUUGGUUGUAAAGUUACCAUCCUUUGCUUCCGUGCUUUCCGGGGCCUCUCCAUUAGCCUUACUUGUCUGCUUUGUGUCUACCAGGCCGUAGUCAUCUCACCUGCCACCUCCCUACUUUCCCCACUGAAGAUAAGAAUCUCCCAGUAUUUGCUAUAUAUCAUCUUAUUUCUGUAUCUUCUUUACUACUCUUCAAGCAUUACAGCAAUUUUUAAUGGUGUUGCAAGCCUUGCUAACAACUCUAUUCUACUAUACACAUAUAAUUUAGACUAUUGCUUCAUGUCAUUUAAAGACUAUUCUACUUAUAUUUUCGUAGGGCUUGGGAUCAUGUCCAGAGACCUUGUGUUCAUAUUGCUAAUGACCAUCAUGAGUAGCUACAUACUAAGACUUCUGUACAAUCAUGGUCAAAAGUUAAAGGAUAUUCGUGGCUCAGACAACAGCCAAAAGGGAGAGAGAGCAGAGACCAAAGCUUCGAGGGCAGUGGUCACCUUGGUCAUUUUAUAUGUUGUCUUCUUUGGCGUUGACAACAUCAUCUGGCUGUAUUCCCUGACGAUCUUGAGGGUGGCAGCUCUUGUAUCUGACAUACGGAUCUUCUUUGCAACUCUUUACACUUCAGUAUGUCCCAUUGUGAUUAUCACCACUAAUCCAAAAGUCCAAAAGAAAUUAAAACUGGCAAAAACAAAGAGAGAAGUCCAGACCACAAGGACCUGUACACAUACGGUGUGA